AUGCAGAGAAAGAUCUUCUUUGCUAGGGGCAAAGCAAACGCAGGGGUGUAUCAUAUAAUAGUGAUAACAAAUUUACUAGGCUAUUUGCAGCAGGCCCUGGUAUCUUAUUCUUACACAGAAAUUCAGCUUGUCAAAGCUGAUUUACUGACAUCGUCAAACAUGGCGUUAUCACUGAGGCAGUCAAUUACCAGAAGAUUAUACUCAAAUUCAUGCUUAGCCUACACCGACUUCUCGGGCACCCUGAAAUCCGACGACCGCCGCAAAGACCCCCCAACUGAUAACCUCCAUGACUCCUCACUAAUCAACAUGCUGGAGCUCAACUCACAGCUCAAGCACCUCACAAAAUCCAUCGACCUAAAAACCGCCCGCAACAUGUUCGACACAUUGCCCCAAAGGGACGAAAUUACCUGGGCCACCAUGAUUGCCGGCUACAUCAGCUCCUCAGACACAUCCGAAGCAAUUUCUUUGUUCUUGAAAAUCUUCAUCUGCUCGGUUUUUGUCGGGAGUUCGGUCCUCGACAUGUACAUGAAGAACGGAAGAAUUCUCGAGGGGUGUGCAGUCUUUGACGAAAUGCCGUCAAGAAAUGUGGUAUCUUGGACAACUGUCAUCACAGCCCUCGUCCGGGCAGGUCUCCACUCCCGGGGGCUUUUAUAUUUUUCCCAGAUGUGGAAAAACGGGGUCGAGUAUGAUUGCUACAUGUUCGCCAUUGCACUCAAGGCUUGUGCUGAUCUCGAGCUGUUGCACAACGGGAAAGAGAUUCACGCCCGCAUAUUAAAAAGAGGUGCAGAAACAACGACAUAUGUAGCCAACAGCCUUUCCACAAUGUACAAUAAGUGCGGGAAAGUCGAAUACGGCUCGUUUCUAUUCGAGCGCAUGACUAAACCGGACGUGGUCUCUUAG